AUGGCUUUCAAUCUAUCGUCGACCGAUUACAAGUCUCUCUAUGCAUCCGAUUCUGACGCACUCAAGCAGUGGUUACCCCUAGCUGCUACAGUGGUACUCAUAUGUUUAUCCGUAACGUGGUUCGGAUUAGUCUAUCAGAAAACCAAACAUCCGCUCGCAAAUCCUCCUCAUCUAUUUCAACUUCGACUUUUCAAACAAAUUGACUUUCUCCGCAAUGGUGUGGAAAUACUCAUGCAGGCCAAGAAGAAGUAUGCCGGAGAGCCAUUCAGGAUGAUAAACGAACUGGGUGAACUCCUUGUACUUCCGCCUUCCCAUGUACAAUUGAUGCGCAACGAGGAAAAGCUGAGUUUCUCAAAAGCCAUAUUGACGGAUUUCCAUGGACACAACCCCGGCUUCGAACCUUUCGGUCUGUUUGCCCACGAUGACCGGCUUGCGCAAACAGUGAUUAGGAAGCAGCUCACCAGAACACUGAAUACAGUUACUCAACCUCUCUCCUCUGAAACUACAUUUGCAGUAGAAACAAUCUUUGGUAACUCGCCAGAUUGGAAGGAUGUGCGCAUUAAGGAUUCUCUAUUGGAUCUAGUCGCAAGGAUCUCAUCCCGUGUUUUUCUUGGAGACGCGCUAUGCCGUAAUGAAGAUUGGCUGAAGAUAACAAAGGACUACACCGUGGACGCUUUCAAGUCAGCGACGAAGAUGACAAUAGUCCCGUAUCCUCUAAGAUUUCUUUUACGUUGGUUCUCCAAAGACUUCGCCCUUGUCAGUCGAGAGUACAACCUAGCGAAAGAGAUUAUCACACCUGUCAUCGAACGCCGCCGAGAGCUCAAGGCCGAAGCCAGAUCCAAAGGAGAAAAUGUUCCAGCUUAUAACGAUGCCAUUGACUGGGUUGAGAGCGAGAGCCAAGGCCGCCCCUAUGACCCAGCUGCCUUCCAACUAUUGCUGUCGUUCGCUGCGAUCCACACGACGACGGACUUGCUUUGUCAGACCUUGCUCCUAUUAUCUAACGAGCCUGAACUGAUUGCACCUUUGCGCGAUGAGAUCAUCAAUGUUCUCCGAGUUGAGGGUUGGAAGAAGAGCGCACUGUUUAACAUGAAGUUGCUCGACAGUGCUAUCAAAGAAGCUCAGCGGAUCAAACCAAAUGGCUUGACGGGAAUGCGCCGACUUGCGACCCAGACCGUAGAGUUAUCUAACAACAUCACCAUCCACAAAGGUGAUCGCGUUAUGGUGGACGCUACGAGCAUGCUGGACCCGACCAUCUACCCAGAACCGGAGAAGUUUGAUAUUUACCGGUUCUUGCAUCUACGAGAGCGGGCAGAUUUUGCGAGCAAGGCACAGCUAGUCGCUACAAGCCCUGAGCACCUCUCCUUCGGACACGGUAUGCACGCAUGCCCCGGUCGUUUCUUCGCUGCCAACGAGGUUAAGAUCGCACUCUGUCAUCUUCUGCUUAAGUAUGAUUGGAAGCUAUCGCCUGCCACUGCCAGUAUCAAACCUGUUGUGCACGGAGUGUCGAUGGUCGUCAAUCCAGAGAACAGAUUGAUGUUCCGACGUCGGAAGGAAGAGAUUGAUCUAGAAUCGUUAGAAUUCAACUAG